AAGAAGAACCUUAGUCAACUUCUUUGCUUUAAAACUCUUUUAUUUGCCCGUGAUAAUGUCUGUGAUGAAGGAUAUCACCAAUCUAAGCUCAAACACGGCGGCAAGCGGCCACGAGAGCUCUCCGGAGAGGGACAUCUUCGUUUCUUUGACCUCUCCGAGCUCGAGAAAGAGAAAAGCAGAACAUGUGCAAGCUAGCAUGCAGAAAUUCCUACAGAAGCCCGAAACACUCGGAAGUACUGGCAAUGAGGACCAAAUCAUCGGUAGUGAAGCAGAUUGUGGAGUAAAUUCAGUGUUUAUGACUCCUGAAACGCCACAGGAUGGCCCUCCAAAAGUGAGCAAACCAAACCGAAAGAGGCUUCGUCUUGGAGGCCCGCGUAACGAGAGUCAAUCACCUGCUUUAUCUGUGACUCUUAACGGCCUGACCAAGGCUCAACUGGUGGAUAUAUUGGAAACUUUAGUGGCAGAAAGACAUCCAGAUCUUGAACAGGAAUUACGAAGCCUCAUCCCUGAACCAGAUCUUACAGAAUUAGAAGAAAGAUUGAAGCGCUUGCAAAGAAACAUUUACAAGUCCUUCCCUUACACUCGUUACGGUUCCUCGCGAGAUGCUUUUUGUUAUCGCCGGGUAAACACUCAUCUAACAACUUUCAAGAAGGAAUGUGUCGCCCAAGGCCAGACUUUACUUAACUCACAACUUUGGGAAUCAACUGUGAACUAUGUUCUACUGGCUUGGGAAUAUGUUGAGGGGAUGCCUGACUGGGACAAUCCUGUACACAACAAAAGCAAAGAACAAUGCUAUAAGGCCCUGGCAGUCCAGUGUAAAAAAGCCAUAAUGAAACUUAAGAGCAGCCUCUCAGAAGAUAAAUGUAAAGAUCUGCAUGAAAGGAUGAAAAAAGCCAGUGAGCAAAAUAACCAAAUGCAGCCUUGUGUUGACCAGCUAUCUGUAUUGAAGUCAAAAUUUUAGAUGAAAUUGAUGUAUAAGAAGCAUCCUCUCCAUUUUUAAUCCUUCUGAAAUUGGGAUGUAAUUUUUGUACAGAAUUUUAGUAUCUGCCCAGAACUUUAUAUAAAAAAUUGGGAUGUGAAGGUAAUGUUCAUGUACAUUGGUUUCUGUUUGUAUUUGAUAUAUUG